CAGCUGUUAGUUCGAUUUUCAGCUGUGUGGAUUGGAAAUGAAAUGGUGAAGCUGUGGCUAGGCAAAACUAUGCGCUGUUUCGUAAAUUCCCUCAUAAGAUGAUAAUAUUUAAUGGUGCAAUGAUACUUUGUUACCUGACUGCUCAACAGCUAUAUUAUUCCUAGUAUUUCAAAAAAAGAGAAUACUAUGCCUCCUCCUGCACGUCCUGGAAGUCUGAAAGACCCUGAGAUUGCUGACCUCUUCCAGAAAGAAGAUCCUGAAAAAAUCUUUGAUGAUCUUCGAGAAAUCGGCCAUGGAAGUUUUGGUGCUGUCUACUAUGCCCGUUGCCUUAUCACCAAAGAAAUUGUCGCUAUCAAGAAGAUGUCGUAUUUGGGUAAACAGAGCUUGGAAAAGUGGCAAGAUAUCUUAAAAGAAAUUCGUUUUUUGAGGCAGUUGAACCACCCUAACACAGUUGAGUACAAAGGGUGUUACUUACGCGACCACACGGCAUGGUUGGUCAUGGAGUAUUGCCUCGGUUCUGCUUCAGACAUCAUAGAAGUUCAUAAGCGACCACUUAAGGAAGAGGAGAUUGGUGCAAUCUGUGAAGGAGUUUUGCAGGGUUUGCAUUAUUUGCACUCCUUGGAUAGAAUUCAUCGAGAUAUAAAAGCAGGUAAUAUACUUCUCACCGAAAAUGGAACAGUCAAGCUGGCAGACUUUGGCUCUGCCAGCAUCAAGUGCCCAGCAAACAGUUUUGUGGGCACCCCGUAUUGGAUGGCACCUGAAGUCAUCCUUGCCAUGGACGAAGGCCAAUACGACGGCAAAGUCGAUGUCUGGUCACUGGGAAUCACUUGUAUAGAACUUGCUGAGAGAAAGCCGCCAUACUUCAACAUGAAUGCUAUGAGUGCUUUAUACCACAUAGCGCAGAACGAUACUCCCGUUCUUCAGUCUCCUGAGUGGAGUGACACUUUUAGACAUUUUGUUGAUUCUUGUCUGCAGAAAAACCCAUUAGAACGACCCACUUCUGGGAAACUUCUAUCACAUUCAUUCGUUGGUAGUGGUAGGUCUCCUCAUGUUUUAAUAGACUUGAUUCAGCGAACCAAAGCAGCAGUUCAUGAGCUAGAUAACCAAAAUUAUAGAAAAACAAAAAAGAUCCUUAUGAUAGAUUCUUGUGAAAGUGAAAGCACAGUAGGAGAUCCCGACGACACACCCGAUGAACAGACUGGAGCAGAUAGCAGCAAGAGUGACAGCAUUACAUCUGAACAUUCUGUGCAGUCAAUGGGCGUAAGUGCUUCGUCUCAAGGCAGCUCUACAAACAGCAUUCCACCAGCACCCGAAGUCAACCAUGACAAUUACCCUCCCUCCAUGCGGAACCGUCACAAAGGGAGCAAUUCUAGUGCUUUGGUGGAGCAUGGGCCUAACAAUUUCGCAACUCUGAGAACUACUUCGAUCGUCACAAAACAGCAGAAAGAGCAUAUGCAGGAAGAAAUGCACGAGCAGAUGACGGGAUACAAGAGAAUGCGCAGAGAGCAGCAAGGUGCGUUGAUCAAGUUGGAGGAAAAAUGUAAAGUCGAAAUGGACAAUCACAAGCAAGUGUUGGACAAAGAGUAUGAAGCUCUCUUGCAACAGUUCAGCAAAGAGUUGGAAAAAUUACAGAUAAAACAUCAGCAAGAGCUCGAAAAGAAAAUGAAACACAAUGCUUCAGCUGAGAAGAAACUUUACAAAGAAAUCAGCAGCCGUCAAGAACAGGAUAGGAAAGUGUUUGAUGCUCAGAGGAAGAAGGAAUUCAAGGCGAAUAAAGAAAGGUGGAAACGGGAACUCAGUCAAGACGAUUCAACACCUAAAAGACAAAAAGAUGCCGCACUCCAAAGUCAGCAAGAAAAUCUGAAGCAGAUAGAAGCGAGAGAAGAGCAAAGGUUAGUAUUAGGCCAAAAAGAGUAUUUGGAAUUGGAAAUAAGAAAAUUUCACCGUAAAAAGUUGCUGGCUUUCCAUAGUCUAGAACAAGAACUGUUAAGGGAAGAAUUGAACAAGAGACAAACACAGUUAGAGCAAGCUCACUCAAUGCUAUUACGCCAUCACGAGAAAACCCAAGAAUUGGAAUAUCGUCAACAAAAAGCAGUUCACCAAUUGAGAGAAGAACAGGUUUUAAGACAGCAUCAAAUAGAGCAACAAAAUCAGCAUGACUACAUGACACGGGCAGAGAGAGAUCUCAAAAAGAAGCACGCUUUGGAGUUGAAACAACAACCGAAAAGCUUGAAGCAAAAAGAAAUGCAGAUUCGAAAACAGUUCAGAGAAACAUGCAAGAUACAAACCAGACAGUAUAAAGCUCUCAAAGCGCAGAUUCUUGCUACAACACCGAAAGAUGAACAAAAAGCAGUCAUAAAAAAGUUAAAAGAAGAACAGAGGCGCAAACUUGCACUGCUUGGAGAGCAGUAUGAGCAGAGCAUUGCUGAAAUGCUCCAGAAGCAGUCAAUUAGACUGGACGAGUCACAAGAAGUAGAAUGUCAGCAUCUUAAGGAUAGGCUGCAUUACGAGCUUGAGAUCUUGAUGGCAUAUCAAAGUAAAAACAAGAUGCAAGCCGAGGCUCAGAGGAAUAGGGAGAGGAAGGAGCUUGAAGAUCGAGUUGCAGUGAGGAAGUCCCUUCUCGAGAGGAAAAUGGAGAUGGAAACGACACAGUUUCUUCAGGAACGAUCGGAGAGGAUUCGUCUCCUUCAUGAGAGGCAAGACAGAGAAUUGGAGGAUUUUGAUGAGGAGUCAGCGAGGCUGGGAUUUAGUGCUCUAGCGAUCGCAGAAGCUUCCAAGGAGUCUUAUCCUGAUGACGAUAGCCUCUCCGGCAGCAUGCUCAGCCUAGCGCAUAGCAACUGUCCCAACCCCUAGUCGUAACAAAUCAAUAUGUACAUUAACAGUUUUUAGAAGCAUUUUUAAUUUAGGAACAUUUGAUUAAUGUUUGUAAGCGAUUUAUAUAUGCAUUCAAUAUUAAAUUGUGUAAAAUAGCGAUGUGGGAAACAUAAAAAGUAUGUACAGUUAACUCUAAAUUUGCAACGAUAAAGAAAUGGCCCAGCCAUUUUACACCAUAGCAUUAAAACCGUUAUGGUAUAAAGAAUCCCUUAAAGUAUGAGGUUUAAAUAACUUAUAGAUAUAUAUUAAAGCUUAAAGGUCUAUUCAAUAUAAAUUGUAAUUUUAGCUUUACCUAUGCAAAGACAUAUUUUCACUUGUAAAUGAGUCAUUGUCAUUAAGUUUGUACUCUGUGACGGAUAUAAACACUUUUUUUGUUUUUUUCUAAAACAAGGUUUUUUUUAUUCGUUCAAACCUUAAAAGCUAUUUUUUUUGUCCUACACAACACAAUAAUUAAAACCUUCAGACUAGGCUUGUAAUAAUACAUAUAGAAAUAAUAAGCAUACUGUACAAAAAACAUCACUCAUUCAAUAAUAAAAAAUGUAACUUAAAAUAGAACCCUUAAUUCAUUAAAAUGUACUGUAACAUAUGUUCAAUUAUUGGAUUGUGGAUUGAUUACUGAAUAUCAUACAUCGGGUAUUAUUUUUCAUUGGAUGUGUGACACAUUAACAAUUACAAUUUUUCUAGUAGCGAAAAUUGAUUCCAGGACAUUUUAAGGCUAGGCCUAUCAUAAUAAAAUAAAUAUAAUGAAUCUAUCUUUUGGGUUGAUACUAAAAUGAAUUGGAAAUAUGGACACAUAUUAUUAAUUUAGAUUUAAUAGGUUCAAUUGUAAUAACAACAAAUGUUGUGUUCUUAAAAUCACAUUAAGUUCUGUUGAUUGAAGUAUAUUCAUUUGCUAAUUUUACUUUUUACUUUAAACAUAUAA